UGUCCCGCUAGCGCUGGUUGAUACACUCUCAUCGGUAGCUGCAUUAUGUUGAGGGACUGCGGACUGCUGUUUCUAUUACUGAAAAGACACGUAAGCCCCAAUAGCCUUGUUGCGGCACUAGCUGCCAGCUGGAGCGCUUUCGAUCUCCGAUAAGAAACACCACUGCCGACUUGAACUGUCGCCGUUUCAUUAAACGGCAGUUUUGACCAUUUUGUUUCAAUUCAGAGGGGAGGGACGUUCGCUUGUGAGCCCACGGUGAUUGAGCAUGAAGAAGCGCUGACCGGAUUUCAUGUAUCGCCAUCGGGUUUGAUCACAUUUGUCCUGAGAAGCAACAGAAGGUAAACCAAUAAACCAGGCCCCGUGUGCCGUGGUUUGCAAUCAAGACAAUCAGCCGGGGAUUUAUUUUAUGUUUUCCGAAAGUCGAUUAUCUGCUACAAAGGGCACAAGUCCGUUUACGAUGCCAGGAGCCCCGCGGACCGCGACGCCACGCUGCUUUGUGAGAUUUGGCUGAUUGUGGAAUCUCGUGCACAGAGAAUGGCCACCACCAUGCCCGCUCCUUUCUCAGCGGGGGAGCGACCGCUCAGUCUGCCCCGCGUCCCCACGGGCGCCCUCCUGCGAGGGGUGCUCAGGUUCCUCUCCCUGGCUCUGCUGUUGCCGUGGGUGGCGGGCUCGACCCUCAACUGCCACAAGACGUGCAUCUGCGCCAGCAACAUUGUCAGCUGCUCCAAGAUGAACCUGACCAGCAUUCCCACCUCCCUGCCCAACUACACGGCCGUGCUGGACCUGAGCUACAACAGUAUCAGCCGGCUGCGGGCCGAGUGGACCACGGUCAAGAUGGGGAAGCUCCACAACCUGCUCCUCAGCCACAAUGGCAUGAACUUCAUCUCCUCUGAGGCCUUCCUGUACGUCACCCAGCUGCGCUACCUGGACCUGUCCUCCAACAGCCUGCGGCAGCUGGACGAGUUCAUCUUCGAGCCCUUGAAGGACCUGGAGGUGCUGCUGCUCUACAACAACCACAUCUCCCAGAUUGACCGCUCUGCCUUCUCGGGCCUCGGCAACCUGCAGAAGCUCUACCUGAGCCAGAACCAGGUGUCCCGCUUCCCGCUGGAGCUGGUCAAGGAGAAGACGCGGCUGAAGAACCUCAGCCUGCUGGAUGUCUCCUCCAACCGGGUCAAGGUCCUGCCCGUUCAGGAGCUCAAGGUCCUGCCGGCCUGGAUCAAGAACGGGCUCUACUUCCACAACAACCCCUUCGCCUGCGACUGCGAGCUCUACAACAUGCUGGCCCACUGGCACAUCCGCCGGCUCAGCUCCGCCGUCGACUUCAAGGACGACUACACCUGCGUGCUGCCGGGCCCGCAGAAGACCACGGUGCCAGUCUUCGACCUCAAUGGGGGCUACAUGAACUGCAGCACCGUCAAGGCGGCGGACGAGGAGACCUACCUGGACCAGAUGCUGGUCCUCAGCUGUGACACCCGCCACCGGGACAUGCACAAGACCUGGGUGAUGCCCGGCAACGUGCUGGUGGGCCCCGGCAUCAACCGGAGCGCCGUGGUCCUGGCGGACGGCAGCCUGGAGAUCAGCAAGGUGCGGGCGGAGGACUCGGGGGUCUACACGUGCUUCGCGGUGAGCGAGGUGUUCAACGAGACCCUGUACGUGACGGUGAAGGUGAACAACUUCACCCUGAGCGGCGGCGGCGAGACCCUCAACACGGCCUACACCACGCUGGUGGGCUGCCUGGCCAGCGUGAUCCUGGUGCUCAUAUACCUGUACCUGACACCCUGCCGCUGCUUCUGCUGCCCGGGCCACAGCAAGGCCAAGAGCCAGCAGGAGGACAGCAUCCACUCCUCCGUGCUCAGCGCCACGCCCACCCACGAGGACCUGGCCACCAAGGCCGGCCUCAGCAGGCACGUGGCCUUCAUAGACCCCAAGGACCUGCAGGGGCAGAACGGGAAGCUCAACCCCGACGGCGAGGAGGACCACCAGAGGGACCAGGAGGGCCGGCGGGAGAGGGGCCAGAGGAAGAAGUCGGACGCCGACUCCAUCAGCUCCGUCUGCUCCGACACGCCCAUCGUGGUCUGA